AUGGAGAAAGACAUUACUUCGUUAAAUAGGACUCGUGGUGGAAUCAAGGCGCAAAUAACUAGACUAUUAACGUCAAUAAAGGAUCAGCAGUUUGAGGAUGUUGAAAUAGAAGAAAUUGAAGUCAAGUUGGAUAAAGUGCGUAAAUUAAAUCAACAGUUUGAACUUUUAAGACAAGACUACUAUAAAGUUGUGAAAAGAGAUGAAGAUUUAGUGGAAAUUGAAAAUAGCUUCGAGGAUAUCGACUCGGAUCUCCUAAAAUUGGAGGUUAUGCUUGGUGAUCCGGAAUUUACACGGAGUUCCAAAAUUGAUGCUCUUUUGGGUGCUGAAGCCUUCUUUGAAAUUAUCAAGGGUGAACAAAUACGUUCAUCUCUAAAUUCAUUAAUAUUUCAAAAUACUGUAUUUGGUUAUGUCGCUGGUGGCUAUGUAAAUACAAAUAAUCAGGAGCCAUGUACUAAUUUAUGUACUUUAGUUUCCCGAAAUGAAAAUAUUGAAAAAGUAAUAGAAAAAUUCUGGUUAGUGGAAAAUAUUAGUGAAGAAAAUACUAUUCUUAGUAGUGAAGAAGAGUUUUGCGAGGCGCAUUUUAAAGAAACCCACACCAGAAAUAAGGAUGGUCGAUUCGUAGUUAAAAUGCCGAUGAAAGAAAGUUUCUUAGGUGAUUCUAAAGCCUUAGCCAACGUUAGACUUAACCAAACAGUUAAGCGAUUGCAUAAGAAUCCCAUGAUGAAAAAUUUAUAUAAGGAGUUUAUUGCAGAAUAUGAAAGUUUAGGUCAUAUGGAAAAAGUGAAUAAUGACAUGUGUGAAGGAUCGUAUUAUUUGCCGCAUCAUGGAGUUUACAAACCUGAAAACUCAACCACAAAAUUAAGGGUUGUAUUUAAUGCCAGUGCCCCUAGUACAUCGGGACAAAGUUUAAAUGAUUUGCUUCUUGCCGGUGCAGUGAAAGAAAAUAUUUUUGAAAUAAUGACUAGAUUUAGGACUUAUAAAUACGCAUUUACGGCAGAUAUUAAGAAGAUGUACCGUCAAAUAUUAAUUGAUGAAUCACAGAGAAAUCUGCUAAAAAUAUUAUGGAAGGAUAAUAUGAAUCAGUCUCCAACUACUUAUCGCCUUAACACUGUCACUUACGGCACAAAAUCGGCUCCAUUUUUGGCCAUUCGUUGUUUGAAGCAACUUGCUUUGGAUGAAGCGAAAAAAUUUCCGUUAGCUUCGCAAGUUACACUAACAGACGUGUAUAUGGACGAUUUCGUCUCGGGUGCUGCUACUUUAGAAGCAGCCCAGGAAUUACAAAGGCAGUUGAUACAAAUGCUGCAAACUUGUGGCAUGGAGCUUCAUAAAUGGACUUCAAAUUCCUCUGAACUCAUAAAUAAUCGCUCUGAGGAAACUAACCAACAAUAUUUUCUCGUUGAUCGACAUUCUUCAGUAAAAGCUUUGGGUCUGAAUUGGCAACCAAAAGAAGAUUAUUUUCUCUUUAAGGUAGACUUAAAGAUCAAGCCUUUCUACACUAAAAGAGACGUAUUAUCUGUUAUCGCUCGUUUAUACGAUCCAUUAGGUCUCUCAAUUCAGCCAGAAUGGUCGAAUUUUGUGACAUCUUUGAAAGUCAUCGAAAAUCUCAAAAUUCCUAGACAUAUCUUGACAGAAUCUUAUGAAAGAACUGUUAUAGUAGGUUAUGCUGAUGCUUCUGAAGCUGCUUUCGGAGCGGUAGUUUACAUGAAAUCUAUUAUGGAAGAUGGCACAGCUGUCAAUAAACUUAUUGCCAGUAAAUCAAGAGUCGCUCCCAUUAAAAUGCUAAUCAGUGAAACAAUCUGUUACACCGAUUCAACAAUUGCACUUGCCUGGAUAAAGACACCUCCAUAUAAACUAAAAACUUUUGUCGCUACUCGAGUAUCAAAGAUACAAACUCUCGCAGAAAACUUCCAGUGGAAACAUAUUUCUUCCCAACUGAAUCCUGCUGAUGUAAUAUCUAGAGGUUUGAACCCUCGUGAACUCUUAACCAACGACUUAUGGUGGUGUGGUCCUGACUAUUUACCGGACUCUAAAAAUUAUUCUAGUGUUGAACUUGAUGAGUGCAAACCUACUCCCUUAGACCAAUUAAUGGGGAAUUUACCUCCAGAGCGAGUAAAUCCCAACCCUGUAUUUUCUAACACAGGUGUAGACUUUGCGGUCCAUUUUUCAUAA